CCGCGCGCGACGCCUCCGAGCGCGACCGAGGAUGUCCGCCGAGGACGCGAUCGAAAAGACCCCGGUGACGAUCGUCACCGGUUUCCUCGGCGCCGGGAAGACGACGCUCGUCAAUCACAUCUUGCGCGGACAGCACGGGUUGCAGAUCGCCGUCAUCGAGAAUGAAUUCGGCGCCGUGUCCAUCGAUGACGCGCUGGUCUCCGAAAAUAUCAAGGAGAAAGAGGAUAUCAUAAGCAUGGAUAACGGAUGCGUGUGCUGCACGGUGCGCGGGGACUUGGUGCGCGCGCUGUUGACGCUGAAGGAUCGGGAAAAGAAGUUUGACGCCGUAAUCAUCGAGACGACCGGGCUCGCCGAUCCGGCGCCGGUGGCGUUCACGUUCUUCAUUAAUCCGGAGAUCGCGGAACAUUAUCGCAUCGAUAGCAUUCUGUGCCUGGCGGACGCGAAGCACGUGGCGAUGCACAUGGAGGAGGAGAAGCCGGAUGGGGCGGUGAACGAGGCGGUGCAGCAGGUGGCGUUCGCGGAUCGAAUCUUGUUGAAUAAGAUUGAUUUAGUGAACGAGGAAGAGAUCGCGACGCUGGAGAAGACGAUACGAUCGGUGAACGCGAGCGCGGACGUGAUCAAGACGCAGAAUUCGGUGGUCGAUUUGGGCGUCGUGUUGGGCGUGAACUCGUUUAGCCUGGAAAAGACGCUCGAGACCGAUCCGAGCUUUUUGGACGAGAACAAGGAGAACAAACACAACCUCACGGGGGUGUCGUCGGUCGGGAUCGCGGUCGAAGGCGAGCUCGACUUCGCGGCGAUGAACGAGUUUAUGAUGAACUUGUUGCAAGCUAACGCGACGAACAUGUACCGAUCGAAGGGCGUGUUGUGCUUCGAGGGUCAAGGCGACGCCAAGUUUGUGUUUCAAGGCGUUCACGAACAGAUCAACUUCGGUCCGUCCGCGUCGACGUGGGCCGAGGGCGAACCACGCGUGAACCGCAUGGUGUUCAUCGGGCGCAACCUGGACCGCAAGGCUCUCGAAGCUGGUUUCCGAGGAUGUUUGGCGACCAAGUAGAGCGACGACACACAUUUCGCAUAUUUUUCAAAGUCUCCGAACGCGGGUCGAAGGGCGCGAUGAAUCAGGAGGUGAAUCUAACUUUCAUAAAUGCACGACAUCAUAAGGAUCGAACGAACGAACGAACGACGAAAGGAAAUU